GCGGGUGAAUAAUAAUCAUGAUACAGUUUUAACGAUCUUUACCAUAUUUGUAGGCCAUGCUGUCCAGUACAGUCUAUGGAAUUGAAACCAGGCUAGUUUUCGUUUAUCUAUGGUUUGUGUCUCCUACUGAUUAUCAAAAAGACAAAGAAAACCCCGUGCAUUAAGAGCUCAAGCUUCCAAGAACCUCUCCCAAUGGCGGGGCACUCAUCAGGUAGUGAAGACCUGUGGGAUGAACUAUCUAGGAUUCCAAAGCGAGUGGGCGUGGCCUCUCUCCCCAAGAGGUCUCGGAUCCCCAGCGUAGAGGAGAUUGGCUCAAAGAAGGAACCAAAAUGGAUGCUUCGAUCGGGAGCACAAAAUCUAGCGACUGCUCUAAACGAGCCAUUGAACCGUGAACUGGACCUCUUCACUCGAACGUGGGGCAGCUAUUUUAUCCCCACCGCCCCCCUCCCCCCGUCCACACUACCCUCCAUCGAGUUGCGCGACUUUCUUCCAUACCUCAAGAAUACGUCUCGAGGGCGCAAAUCUCACCGGUCAAUCAUACGAGAAAUGAAGAAGCAGGCUGAAGGUACCACGCCCACCUCCCCCUCGAUGAUUGCCCCCCUCGUUGCCAAGCUCAACGAAGGGGGGAAGACGUACGACCUCUCAUCUGUACCACGAGUAUACAUGCAAAACGACUUCUCUUUAGAGGACCCUCCGACUUUCAAAGAAGUCAUACCACUAUCGCAACUGUUCCCGGCCAAGCGAGGGGGUGUGGUCAGUACUAAGGAAGGUACAAACCACUCGACGAAGCUCCUUCAUGAACAGCUGACCCAGUACCUGGACGUCAUCGAGGUCCACCUGGCUCACCAGAUCUCACAGAGGUCGGACCUGUUCUUUGAGACCCUCUCCUCCCAACAGGACCUUCAGGAACUCAUGACCGACGUGAGGCACGAUGUCGUUGAGCUAAGACACAAGAUUCGUGAGCUUGACAGAGUCUCCACUCACCAGACACUUAAUCUCCUUAGGGCAUUCAUCCGUCGUCGUCACUACACAAUCCUAGUCGACAAACUCCGUCUCAUUACCAUCGUCCAACAGACGCAACCAAACAUCCAAUCACUCUUGGCUGCCUCCGAUUUCGUGGGUGCCCUAGAACUAAUCAGCACUACGCAGGAGGUCUUAACGCAAGAGUUACAGGGAGUGCAUGCCCUCAGGCAUUUAGGGUCGCAGUUAAGAGAAAUGGAGAAAGCAAUUGGGAGAAUGAUGGAGGGAGAUUUUGUGAGCUUCUGCUUGGAGGACAUUCGACAGAGGAUCAGAGAGGCAGCUGAUGGGGUGGAGGGUCUGGACACAGAGGAGAGGUUGAUCUCUGUGACCUUUGGACUCCUACGACAAGGGAAGGUCCAUUUCGUGACGGCACUCAGAGAAAAACUUCUCUUGUUCUUAAAGACGCAGGUCAAAGACAUUGUACAUGGCUACCUCAAUUUACCCUCUGACCCCGGAGACGAGGCAACACCACUCUCACAGACCAUUAAGGAGCUGAACUUUGACCCCUGGCUGACCCUUCUCACCCACGUCUUUGAUUGCCUCAUUAUUCAUUUGAGAGCAGUACAAGCCUCUGUGAAGGUGAUUGCUGGAGUGUGUCAGAGAGCAGCUGGCAAUACUGUGGUCUUUGUGGAAUCUAGCCCCCCUCCCGAGCCAAUAACCACACCCUCUGACCCCCCACCUCCCUCACUGAACUAUGCCCCCAUGGAGUCAAUGGAGGACCAGGAAGCAGCUGACCGUCUCGAGCAAAUGCUAUUGGACGAUGAGCUUAGUGACACUCAUAUGGGACUUUCCCUCACCACAAACGUGGACUCUAACAAUAUUAUUAAAGAGGAGGACAGAACAGAUUUAAAAUCUUCCGCCAUGCCAACAGCUGAGGAAAAUACGACUGACGCAAAUGAAGAAAAUCGAUUGGACGCCAAUUUUGCAGAGUGUGAGGGUGGUGUGAUCCCGGCUGAACUAAGCCACACCCUCCUAGUAGAGUGUGAGGAGGUGGUGACUGCAUCAUGUGACCUACUCCACGCUCGCUGUGCCAGGAUUCUGAGUAUUCGUGCCAAGGCUGGUCUACUGGAGGAGCUGCUUCCCUCAGAGUUUGUGCGCCUGGUUCGUCUGGUGGAGACCUUUGUCAACAGGAGCACGACACUCACGGGUCGACAGUGUCCCCAGCUCAGGUCCUCCCUACUCUCUCAGGGCAAGAAAUUUCUCGAGAAAUUCCACACACAAAAGUUGGGCAAGCUAAGUCUGUUAUUGGACGGUGAGAGAUGGAAACAGACCGAGGUCCCCGCAGAGAUACAGACCGUAGUCUCCACUCUAGAGUCUGGUAUUCAACCCCCCACUAUGGCCGCAGAGAACUCGGUCAAAUCCUCCGACUCUCAGCCCCCCAGCAACAAGCUCUCCAUACACGGACAACAGUUUGCCGUCGUCUCAAUCGUCCUGCUACUAAUCAAGAUGGUGAUGGAGUACUGCUCUUGUGCUGAUGACCUCCCGAUGCUCAUCACUGACGUCCUCUCAAAACUUGUCGAGAUUUUAAAGAAAUUCAACUCUCGGACAUGUGAGCUGGUUUUGGGGGCAGGGGCUAUGACAGCAGUGGGUCUCAAGACGAUAACAGCUAGGCAUUUGGCACUAUCCACUCGUUGCCUUGAGGCAGUGAUGCUGAUCAUACCGUGCGUUAAGAAGCACUUUGAGGUGCGGCUACCCCCCCAACAACACGUCCUCCUCUCCCAGUUUGAUCUUGUUAUUGAAGACAUCAGCUCACACUGUCAGAGAACCAACGUCAAGGUCAUGGGCAUAAUGGACGCCAUGAUCAUGAAGCAACUCGACAAGUGGGAGGCCAAGAGUCCAGUGCCGUCAGUGCCGUUUAAGAACCUGGUCAAACAGAUUGUUAAGCUACACGAUAACUUGGUGGACAUUCUCCCCUCCGACCUCUUGCAGGCACUGUUUGCCGGUAUAGAGCAGAUGUUCACUAGUCACCUCCGUGAGAAGCUACUGGUCCUCGGCAUCUCCAACAAUGGCAGCACACUGCACGGGAUUGUGAAUUCUGAGCUGAGUCAUUUCAAAGGUUCCCUGAGCUCUCUGGAAGAUGUGAAAGCAUUUGGAAGCAGUUUAUUUGAUGUGUGGACUGGACUCAGAUAGCAUUUUAUAGGGUUAACUUAUUAUAUAUAUAUAAUCAUAUAACUUUGUGCAAUCGUUGUUUCUUCGUGUGCAGAAAGUAUUCUACACUAUUCUCACCAUAAUUAUACCGUA